AAUUGAAUCAGAUUCUGCUAAGAUCUAUCACUCCUUAUCUUUACUUAGCAUCGUCCUCCCCCAGAAACCACAGCCUCUCCCGUAGCACUUCUUCGCUCGUGUUAAGCUCAAUCAGCAUCUCUUCGUUCCUUGUUCCCGGUCAUAUCAAUUUCUAUGGAAAGUGAGAGGGAGCGUGCAAAUGGGAAAAAGAAGAGCUUAAUAUCGAUGGGACCAUGGGGUGGAAAUGGUGGGACCAGCUGGGACGAUGGGACCUACAAUGGGGUGAGAGAAAUCAAGCUCGUUUACGACCGUUGCGUCGAUUCAAUCUGUGUGGUCUAUGAUAAGAAUGGUAAGCCUUUCACAGCAGAAAAGCACGGAGGUGUUGGAGGCAAUAAAACGACGGAGAUUAAGCUCCAAUACCCAGACGAGAGACUGAUGAGUGUGAGCGGGCACUAUUGUCCAGUGGUGCCGGGUACGAGCUCAGUGAUCCAAUCGCUGGCAUUCAAAAGCAACAAGAGAACCUUUGGGCCAUUUGGGGUGGAAGAUGGGACCCCAUUUACUUUGCCAAUGGAUGGAGGAUUGAUCGUCGGCUUCAAUGGCCGGAGCGGUUGGUACCUUGACGCCAUUGGCUUCCGUCUUUCCCGUGCCCAAACUCCACCACUGUUUCAAAGGGUUCUCAAGGCCCUUCAUCUCCUCACUUGCACUCGUUCUUCGGCCCCCAAAGAUGACGAAAACUAAAGCUUAUCACGAGUAGUACUAAUUAAAGGAUCACUAGUGGUGCCCUUAAAUUUGCUGCUUUGAACUUUAUGUUAUGUAUUCCUCGGAGUCAGUACUCUCAGUCCUCCUUACAGCUUAUACA